AUGGCUCAGAAACCGCCGACUGCCAAUGCUAUUGUCGUUGAAGGCAAAACCUUCGCCCUUAACGGCUACAAUGUUUCCUACCGGUUCCACAUUGACGAGAGCACUGGCGACCUGCGCUCUGAUCACUUCGGCGGCAGCGUCAGUGGACCUAUUCCCGAUGAUCCAGCUCCCAUAAUCAAUGGAUGGACCGGUAUGCCUGAUCGCUAUGAUUCGCACACGGUGGUGAAGGGCAAGCCUGUACUGCCUGGUUUGCCGGCGACAUUCGGUAUAGAGGAGGAUGUCUCGACGCUAGUGGUGCAUUUGUAUGACCGGUAUAGUGCGGUCGAAGCGGAUCUAACGUACUCAAUAUUCCCAAGGUACGACGCCAUUGUGCGGAGUGUGAGCAUCACGAACAAGGGCAAGGGCACGAUCUCGAUCGAGGCACUGUCCAGUAUGAGUGUUGAUUUACCAUGUGAGGACUUUGAUAUGAUCGGCCUCAGGGGCGACUGGGCGAGAGAAGCGCAUCGGCAGAGACGCAAGGUUGAUUAUGGCAUACAGGGUUUCGGGAGUACAACAGGUUUCUCGUCACACUUGCACAACCCCUUCGUCGCCGUGGCGCAUCAGACUACUACCGAGUCCCAGGGUGAGGCAUGGGGUUUCUCACCGGUGUACACCGGCUCAUUUGCUGCCAAUGUCGAAAAAGGUUCGCAGGGAUUGACACGUGUGUCCAUUGGUUUCCAUCCAAACCAGCUAUCCUGGCCCUUGGCGCCGGGAGAAACCCUCACAUCUCCCGAGUGUGUUGCUGUAUACUCAAAAGACGGUCUAGGAGGGAUGUCACGCUCUCUGCACCGCCUGUAUCGCAAUCAUCUUAUGAAGAGCAAGUUCGCGACAGAUAACCGACCUGUCCUGUUAAACAGCUGGGAGGGUUGGUAUUUCGACAUCAACCAGGAGAACAUGUACCGCAUGGCACAAGAAUCCGCUGCUUUGGGUGUAAAGCUCUUCGUCAUGGACGACGGGUGGUUUGGCGACAAAUACCCUCGGACCUCAGACGCAGCCGGUCUGGGCGACUGGAUUCCCAAUCCAACGCGAUUUCCUAAUGGACUCGCCCCGCUCGUGAAAGACAUCACCUCCUUGAAGGUUGCCAACUUGUCGGAGAAUCUUCGCUUCGGUAUCUGGGUUUGA